CCAGUUUGUUGUUUUACCUAAAGGCGUUUUCCACUUGGAAAGGCACAGGUGGCUGAGGGGACCCGCCUGGGACGUGAGGCGCAGGUCUGCUCGGCCCCCGCAUCUGUCUGUCAGCAGCGACAAUGAAAUAUGUGCCGGAAGUCAAGAAGUCCUCACCGCACCUCCUGAAGCAAUUCGCAGUGUGUGACAUUCCUCUGUAUGACAUUUGUGACUACAACGUCUCCAGGGACCGGUGCAAGGAGCUCGGGUGCUGCUUCUACAGAGGCGUCUGCUACGAGAAAGUGGUUCCCAUUUACGGGCAAGUGUUCUCUGCCUUGAUUGUGAUCAUCGCCGCAGCCUUCAUCAUCACCAUCAUCUACAGAGUUGUUCAGGAGAUCAGGAGAGAGAAGGCCAUCCUAACGGAUGCCAAGCUGUCACAGAAGUCCAGUGAAAAGGUGGAGAUGGCCUCAUCCAGCAGCAAGCCAGGGCUGACGCCUCUAGGUGCUGGGCCCUCACUUGGUGAGGGUGACAAGGUGAAGAGUGAGGAGGCUGAGGAUGAUGUAACAGUGACAAUAACAGAAGCCGAAGAAACUGAGGACUGACUACAAUACAUGAAGAUGUGAGGUUGGCAGAAUUACCCAGAGGAAACGGCACAGCACGUGGACUGUUAACUGUGUGAUGGAAUGACCACCCAAUGAGAAAAAGAUAAAGGUAUUUUGAAAAUU